ACUUUGAAAAUAUUCAUAAUAAAAGGGCAGUGAUUUGGGGGAUUUUGCAGGAAAGCUCUGCCACUGGAGGAGCUGGAUGGGCUUCCAAAACAAACAAUCCGCUGCUAUCGAGUCUUCUGACUCACAGCGACUCUACAGGACAGAAUAGAACUACCACACAGGAUUUCCAAGACUUAAAUCUUUACAGAAGCGCGCUGCCACAUCUUUCUCUGGCUGGUGGGUGCCAACCACCGACCUCUCGGUUAACAGCCAAACGCUCAACCGCUGUGCCACUAGGGCUUACAUGGACUUAGAACUGAGCAAAUGGAAAUACCGGAAGUAGAGGGAGGCAGAAGCCUGGCGUGUGACCUAGCAAAAUUAACCUUUUUGCAGUCUUUGUUUCCCAACUGUCAAACGGGUAUAGUAUUGCAUCCGGGUUUCCGGGACGGCACCGGAAGCUGCUUAUCAAUCGCUCUUCCCAUUGGAUGCGGGCCUUUCGUGGGGCGGGCGCCGCUGGGAGGUGGAGGCAGCCGCAGGCAUGGCGGCGGCUGUGCCGCUGGCUGUCCUGGUGCUGUUGAUUCUCUGGCCGGGCGGCUGGGGCCAUGCAGAGCCCCCACGCGACAGCCUGCGAGAGGAGCUCGUCAUUACCCCGUUGCCAUCCGGGGACGUAGCCGCCACAUUCCAGUUCCGCACGCGCUGGGACUCGGAGCUGCAGCGGGAAGGAGCGUGGAUAAAUCCUGGAAGGAGCUCAGCAACGUCCUCUCAGGGAUCUUCUGCGCCUCUCUCAACUUCAUCGAUUCCACCAACACAGUCACUCCCACCGCCUCCUUCAAACCCCUGGGGCUGGCCAAUGGCACUGAUCACCACUUCCUGCGUUAUGCUGUGCUGCCGAGGGAGGUUGUCUGCACUGAGAACCUCACCCCAUGGAAGAAGCUCCUGCCCUGUAGCUCCAAGGCAGGCCUCUCUGUGUUGCUCAAGGCCGACCGCUUGUUCCACACCAGCUACCACUCCCAGGCAGUGCAUAUCCGUCCUGUUUGCAGACACUACCCGUCGGCCCUGGGGCAGGAUGCACAUUGUACCAGCAUCUCCUGGGAGCUGAGGCAGACCCUAACAGUUGUGUUCGACGCCUUCAUCACAGGGCAGGGGAAGAAGGACUGGUCCCUCUUCCGGAUGUUCUCCCGAACCCUCACGGAGCCCUGUCCCCUUGCUUCAGAGAGCCGAGUCUACGUGGACAUCACCAGCUAUAGCCAGGACAAUGAGACACUGGAGGUGAACCCGUCCCCCACCACCACAUACCAGGACACUGUCCUGGGCACCCGGAAAACCUAUGCCGUCUAUGACUUGCUUGACACUUCCCUGAUCACCAGCUCCCGCAACCUCAAUCUUCAACUCAAGUGGAAGAGGCUCCCAGAGAAUGAGGCCCCACCGGUGCCCUUCCUGCAUGCCCAGCGCUACGUCAGCGGCUACGGGCUGCAGAAAGGGGAACUGAGCACGCUGUUGUACAACACCCACCCAUACCGGGCCUUCCCCGUGCUGCUGCUGGACACCGUGCCUUGGUACCUGCGGCUGUAUGUGCACACCCUCACCAUCACCUCCAAGGGCAAGGAGAACAAGCCAAGUUACAUCCACUACCAGCCUGCCCAGGACCGGCUGCAGCCCCACCUACUGGAGAUGCUGGUUCAGCUGCCGGCCAGCUCCGUCACCAAGGUCUCCAUCCAGUUUGAAAGGGCUCUGCUCAAGUGGACUGAGUACACCCCAGACCCCAACCACGGCUUCUAUGUCAGCCCAUCAGUCCUCAGUGCUCUCGUGCCCAGCAUGGUGGCAGCCAGCCCAGUGGCCUGGGAAGAGGGCCCCCUCUUCAACAGCCUGUUCCCCAUCACUGAUGGCUCUAGCUACUUCGUGCGACUCUACACAGAGCCGCUGUUGGUGAGCCUGCCCACGCCGGACUUCAGCAUGCCCUACAAUGUCAUCUGCCUCACAUGCACUGUGGUGGCCGUGUGCUAUGGCUCCUUCUACAAUCUCCUCACGCGGACCUUCCACAUCGAAGAGCCAAACAAGGGCGGCUGGGCCAAGCGGCUGGCCAACGUCAUCCGCCGUGCCCGGGGUGUCCCUCCGCUCUGAGGUGUGCCCCCUUCAGCAGCUAGAGCUGCUGUUUCUGUCUGUGGCAGGGGGUGGUGACGCCAGGGGUUUCUUUGACACUUGCUUUUCCCGUCACAGCCCAGUGGCUUUUGAGCCAAACUACCCCCAGGUCAGCCAGGGCCUAGAACUGCACUGUCCAGUACAGAAGCCUCUAGCCUCAUGUGGCUGUUUGACUUUGCAUUAAUUUAAAGUAGAAAUUCAUUUCCUCAGCUGCACUAGCCACAUUUCAGAUGCUCAGUAGCCCCAAGUGGUUAGUGGCUCCUGUACCGGACAGUGCAGAAAAUACGUUUUUGCCAUUGCAGAAAGUUCUGUCGGACAGUAGUGCUGGCCUGCAGACUUGGGUGUGCCGAGGAAUUUGUAUCCUUGUGUGGUAGGUGGGAUUCACUGGUCGUGAGUAAAAAGUGGCUGCUGCUUUGA